UGAAGAAUGUCUGCUUGCACAAUCUUCCGAGCGGCCGGUAGAGAGAUGCAAAGUGCAGGCCCGUAAACUAGGCGGGACAAGAUACGCGUCAUGAAAACGUGCCAUGGAGAAUGCCACGUUCCUGCUGUCCCUGAACUCCAGCGCCAACUCCUCAGACUGCGGCAGCGAAGACCACCCUUACAGGUGUAAAUUCGACGAGGAGUUCAAGUACCUCCUCCUCCCCAUCUCCUACGGCAUCGUCUUCGUGGUCGGCCUCUGCCUCAACCUGCUGGCGCUCUACGUCUUCGUCUUCAGGAUCAAGACCUGGAACGCCUCCACAACAUACAUGUUCAACUUGGCGGUGUCGGACUCUCUCUAUGUCAUCUCGCUGCCCCUUCUGGUGUACUACUACGGCGCCGGGGACAAUUGGCCCUUCAGCGUGGGCUUGUGCAAAAUCGUCCGUUUCCUCUUCUACACCAACCUCUACUGCAGCAUCCUCUUCCUGCUGUGUAUCAGCGCCCACCGGUUCAUGGGUGUCUGCCUCCCACUGAGGUCUCUGGAGUGGGGUCAGGUCCGUUACGCUCGUUGGGUGUCGGGCAUCGUCUGGCUCGUUGUCAUCGCUUGCCAAUCCCCGGUGCUGUAUUUCAUCACCACCAGCGCCCGGUGCGACGGCAUCACUUGCCACGACACGUCGGCGAGAGAGCAUUUAGACCAGUUCAUCGUCUACAGCACGGUGAUGCUCGUUUUCAUGUUCUGCAUCCCCUUCCUCGUCAUCAUCGUCUGUUACUGCCUCAUGGCCCGCCAGCUGCUGCAGCCGACCCGCGGCACCACCCGCAUGUCCCGCUCCAAGAAGAAGUCGGUCAAGAUGAUCGUCAUCGUCCUGGUGGUCUUCGUCAUCUGCUUCUUGCCUUUCCACGUCACUCGCACUUUGUACUACUACCUCCGCGACCGGGACGACAUCACCUGCGAGAUACUCAACGCCAUCAAUAUGGCUUACAAAGUCACCCGGCCCCUGGCGAGCACCAACAGCUGCCUGGAUCCGAUUUUGUACUUCUUGGCGGGGCAAAAGUUUGUGAAAUUUGCCUGCCCCAAAACACCGGCCCGAGGGCAGAACCCGGCAGACUCGGACAGCACGCCCAGCUGUCCCACGCAGGCCAAAAACUCUCUCGCCAUGAAAGCGAAAAAAUUGGUGUCCUAGCCGGUGACGUUUCUGACCUCGACGGUCUUGCAAAGUGUUAUUUGUCUACAAUGGUAGAGGUUCUGUUUUGCACAGAAGGGAGUUUUGUACACAACACCCGAAACACGGGAAGUGUGUUACCUUCAAACCUGCACUGUGGUACAACGGGGUGUGUGUGUGUCCGUAUAUCACCUUCCAGUGGAUUUUUCGAGCGGGGAAGCAACGUUCUAUGAUGUAUGCUGUCUUACCCUGCGGUCUGCAUAAAGCUUGGUAGAAAGACAGAAUGUCCAUCCAGUAGGUGGUUUCUACGAAGCUGGAGAAAUGAAGAAGGGUAUUGGUGUAGCGAGGGACAGUGGGGUACAUUGGAUAGAGCAUUGAGUUUAGACCCAGGUCGGGUCUAGCGGUAGAGGAAAAGGAAGUUGUAACAGGACAGCUACACUCGGCGUAGGCAGGGAUUCGCCACUCUCAAGUGCGGGAGAAUUUCUUUUCUUUUGUGUAUUUACUGGAAGUUCAUACAGGAAACGACAAAGCGUAGAUCUAGGAAUUGCCAGAAUUUCUACUGUUUUAGGGUUUCUAACGAUUCCUAGAGCUAACUUCCGGUGAUCCCUAGCAAUUCCUAGAGCUAACUUCCAGUGAUCCCUAGCUAUCCUUUCACACUGCUCAUAUGAACCUCUAGUAACCCCGGGAAGUUGCAUUUUUCUAAAGAAAAUUUCCCACAAUGCUGUGCUCCCUCCCCAUCACAACCGUACUGCUGGGGAGGUAGACUGGUAGCAUCGAUGCCAGCAAUAGGUUGUGAAUCCUGAUUUUGGUCACGCCAUCUGCCGAGCAAAUGGAAAACGAGCACCGCACGAGAAAAGGAUUUUUUGCUUUUGGCCGGUGGUCGUUUUGCCUGCUAGUUUUCUAUUGGCAAGGAGUUUUUCCUGCGCUCAUUUCCGGUUGGCAAGGAGCACUUGAAACAUAUGAAAUGGCAUGUUACACUACCACACGACUCUGCCCCCUCCUAGUUCACAUCCACCCAAACAGCAAAGGAGCAGCAGUGGCUUAGGAGGUUAAGAGCUCGUGUAUCUAAUCUGGAGGAACCGGGUUUGAUUCCCAGCUCUGCCGCCUGAGCUGUGGAGGCUCAUCCGGGGAAUU